AUGGAAUUCGAAGGGAGUGAGCCAGCUAUGGGAGUCGCGAUGCGGACGCCCGACUGGUCGCAGCUGGAUGACAACCUGCGAGCUGCUUGGCGCUUCUUGGCGUUUGAAUGCACAGAGGAGCCCGUUCAGGAGGGACCUCCGCUGCUGCCGCCUCGGGAGGUGGGCUUGACGGUGGUGCUGGACCUGGACGAGACGCUGUCGCACUGCCGCCUCGAGCAGCUGGAGAAGAAGCCGGACUUUUGCGUGCAGUUUGAGGAGUCCAAGGCCACGGGCUACGUCUACGUCCGGCCCUUCGCGCAGCUCUUCCUGCAGGUUGCCGCCCGGCUCUUCGAGGUUGUGGUGUUCACCGCAUCCUCGCAGGGCUAUGCGGACCAGGUCCUGGAUCAGCUCGACCCGGACCGGCGGUGCAUAUCUGCGCGACUCUACCGCCAGCACUGUGUAGAGCGUGGUGGUGCCUUCCUGAAGGACCUGCGGCGACUGGGACGUCCCAUGGAGCGGGUCGUGCUGGUGGACAAUUCUCCAGUAUCCCUGGCACUGUGCCUCGACAACGGCAUUGUGGUCUCCAGCUGGACUGCCGAAAAUCGAGUCGACCGGGAGCUCCUGGAGUUGCUUCUCCUCCUCCAGCAGUGCGUGCAGCAGGCUUCCGUCGCCCAGUUCCUGGUGGAACGUUACGGGCUUCGGUACAUGGUUGACAUGCUGAGACAGCAGCCGGAAUUGAUUGGAGCGGAGUUUGGGUGA